GUGUGUGUGAGAUGUGUCUGUGUGAGAUGUGUGUGUGAGAGAGAGAGAUCGUGAGUGCGUGCGGGGGGGCUGUGCGGGGGGGGGGGCUGAGCGAGGCCCAGGGCGGUGCAGGAUGGGGAGCAAUCUUCGGGCCUCAAGAGAGUCGGCCCCCGUCAAGCACGCGGACUGGAUGAGCUCCCUGCCGGAGCGCCUCCUCGACGUCAAGCUGCGGCACCUGGCCAUCCCAGGCUCGCACAAUUCCUUCUCAUUCGGCAUCACGCACGAGUCCCCGGUGGGCCUCGACCUCUCCGGGGAGAUCCGCGACCUCCUGGGUACCGCCGCGUCCCUCCUGGGGUCCGCGGGCGAAGCGGUCCCUCGCUACGCCGUGCAGAGCUGGGCCGUCACGCAGGCCCUCACUUUCCGUGAGCAGCUGGAGGCCGGCGUGCGCUACCUCGACCUGCGCCUGGCGGCCCACGAUUGCGGUGACGAUAGCGACGAGGAAAAGGAGGAGGAUGACGACGAUGGGAACGACGAUGACAGCGGCGGCGGGAGUGGAGUAGGAGGAGGCGGAGGUGGAGGUGGGAACGGAGGCGGCGAUGGUGGCAGCAGUGGCGACAGUGAAGGCAGCAAUAAGCCUGGAGAUGGAGGGGACGCUGGCGCAGGAGGUGGUGGAGGUGGAGGCGGCGGUGGAGAUGGGGAUGACAGUGAAGCCGGUGCUGGAGGCAGCAGUGGCAGAACGGCCAGAGACAGUGAAGGCCGAGGUGGUGGUGGAGUGGGAGGUAGCGGCGGCGUUGGUGGCGAUGGCGGCGGCGGCGGAGGCGGCGGCGACGGCGACGGCGGAGGCGCAGCAGCAGCAGGAGGCGACGGCCGCGGUGUCGGCGUGCACUUCACCCAUGGCCUCCUGGCGGGCCCCGUGUGGCGAGGCCUGCGUGAGGUGGGCGCCUUCGCGAGGGCCCACCCGCGCGAGGUGCUGCUGCUCGAGUUCAAGCACCACUACGGCCUGGGCGAGCGUCACCACCGCCUGGUGCUUGCCGCUCUCCGACGACACCUGGGCCUCCACAGGAUCUGCCCUCGUUCGGAGGCCGCGGACGCCUCCCUGCGCACCCUUUGGGAGCGCGGGCGACAGGUCAUCGUAUUCUACGAUGGGAGGGCCCUGGACGAGGAGGACCUCUGCCCCCUGACGAUGAUCCGAUCGCCGUGGCCCAACACGGACGACGUAGAGCGUGCGGUCGCCUUCCUGGAUGAGGUGGCGGCGCGGGGCCCUGCGAGCGACGCGGCCUACCGCGUGGCUCAGCUCGUGCUCACGCCCAGCACGUCACGCCCGGGCCUGCAGCUGCUCUACGGCAGCCUCAGGGCAAGCCUCGUGCAGCCGAACAUGCCCACCCUGGUGGCGUGGCUCAAGUCGCAGCGCGCGGGCCCCCAGGGCGUGAACAUCGUCAUCGCCGACUUCGUGGAGCUCAGCGACUUCAUCCCCAGCGUCAUCGCGCUCAACGACGCCCUCUGAACCCACCACCACCCCGACCCCCCCACACUUAAAGCCGCGAACGCCGCCAGUCAUCGCCGUGCUACCAUCGACGUCAACCCUCAACCGCAUCGGCUGCACACACCGUGGCAGCGGAUGCAGAUGAUACCCGAUGCACGAAUGGAAAACGUGAAACUCUCCAGUCGGUGAGCGACUGCGGUCGGCCAGAACGGACCCCCGUACGACGACGUGUCACGGCGCGAUGGCUCCGAUCCGCAAAUACGGAGUAGGGAGACAUCGUCGCGACGAUGAUACACUCCGCUGUGAACUUUGUUGUUGCUCUGCAUCUACAUCAGCAGCUGUACGAAAGAAGAAGAACGUUUAUCUAUGCGUCCAGUUUGCUGGCAUUGCUGGCUUCUGGCUGGGAUCCUUUCCACCACCACCACCGAAGCGAGUUGGGUGACUGGCUACACGGGUUUUUCUGUGCAAAAAAUAAGCGUUGAAUUGGAAUGGCGGAAGAAUGGUGUCGGGUUUAACGACGUGUAUAUUUACACGAUGUAACCCAAAAAAAAUAUAAACCUGUGUCGUGGAUGAUAUUGGUCGCGAAAGCUUCCGUGUUAAAUGGUGGAAUAAGUUUUGAAGAUGUAUAAUAAUAAUAUAAUAGAUAGUCACACAAGAGAUUGCAGUAACGACACGAGAAGACUGUCACGGUUCAGUUCACAUUGCUAUAACUUUUCAAUGUGUCUGUUCAUGUAAUUCUUUAACCAGAAUAUUCGUACAAUUUUUGGCAAUAUAUCUAUUUUUUUUAAAUUUCUCAAUGCAUUAUCUUGCCAUUUUUCCUGCAGAAUACGUUCCGUACUCCCGAGUACAGCAGGGGAUUGUGAGAAGCGUUACCAAGAUAACAACCGCCACUGUCAUGGUAUCAUCUCCCACAAAUAAAGACCCCCCCCUUGAAACCUCAA